AUGCCAGGAUUAACAGCAGAAGAAGAGAGAUUGCAAGAUAUCAAGUAUAGACAAUGGGGUCCAUACGUUUCAGAAAGGUCAUGGGGAACAGUUCGAGAAGAUUAUAGUGGUGAUGGAAAUGCUUGGGAUUCAUUUAAAUUUGAAGACUACGCUCGUGUAUCACGUUGGUCACAAGACGGAUUGGCGGGUGUUUCCGAUAGACGGCAAUUGGUCAACAUCACCAUGGCUUUAUGGAAUGGGAAAGACGACAUUUUAAAAGAGAAAUUGUAUGGGUUGACUAAUAAUCAGGGUAAUCAUGGUGAAGAUGUUAAAGAAUUAUAUUACUAUCUUGAUAAUACUCCGUCACAUUCUUAUAUGAAGUACUUGUACAAGUAUCCCCAAAAUAAGUUUCCCUACGAGGAAUUGAAAGAAGAGAAUGCUAAAAGAUCAAGAUUGGAACAAGAAUAUGAAAUUACUGAUACUGGAUUGUUUGACAAUAACGAGUAUUUUGAUGUUGUGUUUGAAAGUGCCAAGGACUCCCCCGAUGAUUUGUAUUUCAGAAUUACUGCUUACAACAGAAGUGAUAAGCCAGCUCCAUUGCAUUUGUUACCAAAUGUUGUAUUGAGAAACACUUGGGCGUGGGGGACAAAAGAAAGCGUUAAUGAACCUAAACCCCAUUUGAGGCAAGUCAAUGACUACACAAUUGAAGUUGAAACUCAUAAAUUUGGUAAACGUUACUUGUCAUUUGCUCCAUCUGCUGGUAUUAUUGAGAAUUCGCCAGAUGUUGAACCAAGAUUAGUGUUUACUGAGAAUGAAACAAAUACCAAGAAAUUGUAUGGACAAGAAAAUGAGAGCGAAUAUGUAAAGGACGGGUUUCACGAACUUGUGGUUCGUGGCGAUGAAAAGGCAGUAAAUCCAGACAAGGAAGGUACUCAAGCUGCUGCGUGGUACGUGUUUGAUGAAGACGGCGGGGUGCCACCUGGUGACUAUGUUACUAUACGUUACAAAUUCACCAAAGAAAAUUCCGAUGUUGAUGAAUACAAGUUGGAUCAAAUUUUCAGUAAACGCCAAAAUGAAGCUGAUCAAUUUUAUUGGAAAGUUUCUCCUUUACCAAUCAGUGACGAAUUGAGACAAAUUCAAAGAUAUGCAUUUGCCGGAUUAUUGUGGUCAAAGCAAUUCUAUCAUUUUGUCCACAACUAUUGGGCAUAUGGGGAUCCAAAUACCGUUAAACCGCCAGUCAAUCGUGCCAAUGGUAGGAACAAGGAAUGGAAGCAUUUGUAUAUUGACGAUAUCUUGUCAUUACCUGACAAAUGGGAGUACCCCUUUUUUGCCGCUUGGGAUACCGCUUUCCAUUGCAUUCCUUUUGCCAUGAUUGACCCGUGGUUUGCCAAGAACCAAAUUGACCUUUUGUUAAGGGAAUGGUAUAUGCACCCCAAUGGACAAAUACCUGCGUAUGAAUGGAACUUCAGUGAUGUUAACCCACCAGUGCAUGCGUGGGCUGCUUAUAGGAUAUUCAAAAUAGAAAGGAAAAUGUAUGGCCGUGAAGAUAUUGAUUUCUUGGAAAGGGUUUUCCAAAAAUUAAUGUUGAAUUUUGCAUGGUGGGUUAAUAGAAAAGACGCUGAAGGGAACAACAUUUUUGAAGGUGGGUUUUUAGGUUUGGAUAACAUUGGUGUGUUUAAUAGAUCGGAGGCAUUACCCACGGGAGGUAAUUUGGAGCAGGCUGAUUCCACUGGAUGGAUGGCCUUCUUUUCUUUACAGAUGUUGAAUAUUGCUUUGGAAUUAGCCAAGACGAGACCGGUUUAUGAAAACAUUGCUUCGAAAUUUUUUGAACAUUUUGUCGUUAUUGCUGAUGCAUUGACAUUCAGAGGCGGUGAAAGUGAAAACGAAUCAUCAACAAAGAAUUCGCUCUGGGAUGAAAAUGACGAAUUCUAUUACGAUGCUAUUAGAUAUGGUGAUCAUAAUACACAGUCACUCCCAGUCAGAUCCUUGGUUGGAUUGAUCCCCCUUUAUGCCUCAUUGACGUUGGAGCCCGAAUUGUUGGAAAGAUUUCCUUCGUUUAAAAAGAGAUUGGACUGGUUUGUGCAUCAUAGGAAAGAAGUUGCCGAGAGAAAUAUAGCAUCAAUGGAGGCAAGAGGUGUCGGUGAGAGAUUGUUGUUAUCUUUGGUAUCCAAGGAGAGACUAGUAGCAAUUUUGCGCAGAAUGUUGGAUGAAAGCGAGUUCUUAUCACCAUACGGUAUCAGGUCGUUAUCAAAAUAUCACAAAGACCAUCCAUUCAGUAUGGAGGUUAAUGGGGAAACUUUUAAAGUUGAGUAUUUGCCGGGUGAGUCUGAUUCUGGUAUGUUUGGGGGUAAUUCCAAUUGGAGAGGACCAAUUUGGUUCCCCACCAAUUUCUUGUUGGUUGAGGCAUUACAACGGUUCUAUUUGUACUAUGGCCCUGAUUUGAAAGUUGAAUGUCCAACUGGCUCCGGUGAGUAUCUCAAUUUAGCACAAUGUGCCCAAGAAAUUCAACAUCGGUUAAUUCAUUUGUUUUUGCCCGAUGAGGAUGGUAACAGAGCAUGUAAUGGUGAUAAUGAAUUGAUUAACAAGGAUCCAUUUUUCAAAGAAUAUGUUCCGUUUUACGAGUACUUCGAUGGUGACAAUGGAAGAGGUUUGGGCGCGUCUCAUCAAUGUGGUUGGACUGCUGUUGUGGCUAAAUGGAUUCAUGAUAAUGGUGUUACUUGUAGGAUUCCAAAGACUCCAAGAACGCCAGUCCAUAGGAAAAACUCAUCGGUGUUUUUGCACGAUAGUGCCAACACUGAUGAAGAUGUGAAAAAGUAUAGACCAAAGGCAGGUCCAUUUUCUGGUAAGUUGGUGAGACGAAAAUCAGGUAAAUCGCUACUAAACUUGACGGUUAAUGCGUUAGACCUCAAUGAUGAUGAAGAGGAAGCCACAGCUAAAGCUGCUGCUUGUACCCAACUCGAUGGAUUAGACCAUGGGGUUUGUGUAACCGAUGAAAUAUUGAAGAAGGAAUUGACCGAAUUACAAAAGACACAAUCUGGUGCGUCUAUUGAUUCAGGAGAUGAAGUUGAUGAUGAUUUCUUAGAACAGGUUAAAGCUGCGUUUAAAAAGUACAAGUCGAGGACUGAUGAUGAUGAUAAUGUUUCUGGAGAUGAAUUCGAAACCAGACUCCAUGACAAGUAG